AUGCAAGAGAUUGGGACUGGCGCUGAGGUAUCUGUGAACUCCAAGCAAAGGGCAGCAAAGCGGCUUCGCGAAGUUUAUGAAGAGCGGAAAAUCUGGAUAGUUAAGAGAGAAGAGCUUUUGAAGCGUAAGACAGAACUUCUGAAGCUGCUACAGCUCCAAGAUUAUAGUAACAGGAAUAUUGAGCAAGACAAACCCCAGCAGGGGUUAGAAAAGGCGAAAUCGAGUAAAGAGAAGGACGAUGAAGAAAUAAGAGAAAAGAAUGUAGAAGAUAUGGCUCGAAAGAAAGAGCUUAGAGAUUUACAGAAACAGCAGGCAGCGGCGACUUUAUUAGCGCAUAGGCUUAAGCAGCUGUUAGCUAAGCGCAAACGAGAAGACAAAGAAACAAAUGGACGCCCGCGAAAAAAGACAGAAGUUAGCAGUGAAAAUGUUGUGAAGACACAAGCCUUUGCAUCUGAAAUGCAUCUCUUUGCUCCUGCCCCGAAUUUAAAUGUAGGGACCACAGAGCUUGCUAAAGCCGCAUGCUUUCGCAUUAUGACGCGCUAUCUCGUGCAGACAGGAAAGAUGAUACCAAGGCCGACUUUGGAUCAAGCAUUUAAGACCUACACAGGCAAGACACUAGAAGAACUCGUUGACUGGUCUUCGCUGGAGCAUUGCUUGACCCCGUUAGUUGCUGGCGACAAACAAGAUUUGUCAAUUUUGGCUCGUAAACCGUACGUGUGCUGGCAACCUGGACGUCAGUCUUUGAAAAUGCCAACAUUUAUUUCAUCAGACUCAGUUCGUAUACAAAAAAUGAUUAAACUGGAACAGGAUGUUGUUGCGUCUAUGUGUGAAUCGUUGAAAGUUGUGGACCAAACAAUUUCUAGUGCUAUUCGAAGACGUCAACAAAGACUCUUUUUUUGCGCACUGGAUAAUUUUGUCACAACAACAUCACCAGCAAUGCUACUUUCUUUUUUUAUCAUGGACACCAGGAAACAAACAAGAGUCUUCUAUCGAUCAUAUACACAAUUCGCUAAUAUUCUCGAGAAAGCAGAUAUAUGGCUUUCCGAGCAAGCCGAACUUAGCGAUUCCAACAGCAGUUUGCUGCCCCGAUUCGACGGGCAAACUGGAUUUCGAGACUCUCGUGACCGCUCAAUGUUUUCAAAAUACGCCAAACCCUUUUCUGUCGAAAAAGAUUCAGUUGCAAGACAACUAAAAGGAGCUGCGCAGCAUUAUUUUCGCUCAAAAACGAUUGAUCCUAUGAAAGUCAUGUGUCGCUAUGAAUUGAACGGUGUUUGCUAUGACAAGAAUUGCACAAAUUAUCACCAAAGGGAUUACGACUCUAAUGAUGGGCCGAGGAAUAUUGUAAAAGAAGGCUUCGAUGAACAUAAUGAUGAUGCUAGUUGUACUGUGGAAAGGAUGGACGAUAUAGAUCAACUUUUGAUGUCAUUCGCUGUAUUUCGUGAUAAAGUAAUGAAAAAGUGGCCUCUUAUAUCAACAAUUCGGACACUGUCUAAAACAGUAAUACCCAUCAACGAUGGAAUAUCGAUCGCAAGCGGUUUGCAUUUAUCAAAUGAUACUGAUUCAGCAAUUUCCACCACCGAUAAAAGUUUUGAAAACGAUAAUGGUGACUUCAUUGCCCUUGAUAGUCAAGAGGAACUUCCUUGUGUUGGUGAUGCUCGCUACUUCGAUGAGAUUGGCUCACGAAAGCUUUAUGGCGAAGUACUCCAAGCAAAAGUCAAUGAUGAUCCAACUGCAACUGAUGCAUGGCUUCAGCUGGCGAUUUUUCAGCUUGAUCUUGUAAUUGAGAUGAGUGACGACGCUGUAAAGUUAUCUGACGAUGAUUAUUUAAGACAACAGCUUAUUUUUCUAUGCAAGGAGCUUAACUUUAAGCAACACAAUAGUCCCUUACGCAUCUGGGCUGUGGAAGAGGCAAAUUUGAAGCACAGUUUGCAUACACUUUCGCGAGCAUUAGAAGUUGAAGCAAAUGCAUAUUGUGAAGCACUUUGGCUUUUAUAUUUGCAUCUGUGUAAGCAAAUCACUAGUCGACAGACGGAAAUCGACAUGGUUGAACAGAGCGUACAGUUUUUGCCGAACUCUCAUGCACUGUGGCUUCGCUAUAUCUCAACAUAUGACUUUGAAUCGGUAAGCGUGGCGGAGAGUAUACACUGGCGACUUCUCGAACAUAUCGCUCGAGCACAUUCGAAUGAGAUUGGACCGGAGACCUCUCGAUUAACAUCAAAGGAUGUUUCCAUCUUAAUAACGGCAAUUACUUUUCAUCUUUGUAUUAAGCUGUGCCAUGCUGGGGCGUGUAGUCGAGUUCUUAGGCUGUUGUCUGCAUUGCUACAGCUUGACGACCAAUCUCAAGAGUUUUCGUGGUGUAAUGCGGUGCGGGAUCAGAUGCAACACAAUGAAGUGAUCUUGAUUUGUAUAGUUUUAGCUCACUUUCUACUCUUCCAUGAAAUACCUGACUUGAUUGAGCAUUGGGUCGCUGCAAGUAAUUUGGAAUGUAUCCCAAUCGAAGGUUUGGCGUAUGCAGCUGGCAGCUUACGAGAUCGUGGCUGUGAUUUCGAAGUAGAUGUGUUUUCUCGAGCAUUGACGUGUUAUGAGCUUGCACUUCACACAUUCCAAAUCGAAAGUAAUUUAGUGCACAAUGCUGGAAAUGUUAUUUUGAGCAAUUGGAUGCUGUUGCUCGCAUUGCAACGUGAUGAAAAGAGAAACAAAUCUCUUUCGGCGUUUUUUGAUAAACAUUUGGCUACUAUUCAGCAAUUUUCUGGGGCAACUUGCACAGCAGCCAAACUUAUGGUUUCAGAAAUGAAUACGGGACACGAGGCGCAGCAGCUAAUGCUCACGAUGAUGAACAAGAGCUCCGAAACCCGCUUUCCGGAGGCCCUACAUCAUUAUUUAUUUACCUGCCAUCAAUUACCAGUUCUAGCUGAUGCUUUGAGUAAGACUAUCCCGUAUGUUAUGGAGCGCUUGGCAGAUCUUUUAGAUGUAAACAUUGAUGAUGAUUAUACGAGCUCGAUACACGACACAAGUAAGCUACGGGAGUCGCGGGCCUUAAACGAUUUACUAAAAGUUUUAUUGGAAGCUUGGAUGGAUCAGCUUGCUUUGCUUCGGCAAGAAACAGCACAACAUAACCUGGACGACGUAUCAUGUGCCAAUAUUUACGUGGCAUUAGAUAUCUGCCAUUUGAUGGGCAAAUUCAUUGGAACCUCAGCCGCCGUUGAUGCAAUUCAGAAUAUUUUAAGCUCGCCUCGAUUUAAAUUAUUACCGUAUGAGGCUCGACAACUUGCCUGGGUGCAGCGCUUCAUAUAUCAAGCCGAAUUGCUUCAGCAGGAAGCCUCGAAGAGUGUAUCCUGGCGAAUAAAUCAAGCCAUUUUAAUCCAAAUAUUUCGAAAGUACAUGCUAGAAAUGAGUGUCGAGAGUGAGAUGUUGUGUCAGGUAUCGAGGCGGAUUGAGAUCAGCAUUGCUAAGAAUUCAAUUGAAGAUGCCGUGCGCGAUUGUUUGAACCCGGAAAGACGUCAAUUAUUUACUUACAAUAAAACUCUCGAGCUAUUACGGUUAUGUUCUGCAGCGAUUGCUGGACCAGACAAGGCUGCGUUCUAUGCUUCAUUCACAGAUCUAUUUACCUUGUCACCUGAAUUUUCGCUUUCUUUCUCUGAUAUAGCCACUCAUGAAUGGGAACUAUUAGCCGCGCGAACAAGUUUACGAAAAUGUCUUAGUGGUGCCAAGACCCAGCAUUCUCAAGUAUUACAAGCUCUGGUAGCUGUGGAGCUGCGAUUACAUAAUAUGAAGGCCAUUUCUAGUCUACUAAAUUCCGAGAUCCAAAUAAACCCAUUACUUUUGGAGCCAUGGCGCCUUGCAGUAGCUCUGGAAAUUAUGGUGGGGGAAAUAUCUGAUGAACGAUCGCAGAUAUUAGCGGACGAAAUUGAGAAGCGGCAAUUGGUGUUUACGUGUAACACAUUCGGUGACAGUCAGCUACUGGGUGGAAAUAGAGUUUCGUGGAGAAAUAGCACAAAAGAUACGUCAUUAAGCUUGCGGGGUCUUGGCCUGAAGUACGUCCCGACCGCAGUUUUAUUAUGUAAAGAAUUGAUAUCGCUGGAUGUUAGUGGGAAUGAGCUGCUCGAGUUGCCAAUCGGCUUGCAAUAUUUGACAAAUCUCCAACAACUAAAUGCAUCGGAAAAUACACUGCUCGAGUUUCCUGCGGGCAUCCAAAGCUUAGUUAAGCUUAAGGAACUCAGGCUUGCCCACAAUAACAUAUCUACGUUUUCGUUACCGGUUUUACCACGACUUAAGAAGAUCGACAUUCGAUGGAACAGAGCAACACAGCUUCCUGUAUCAAACAUUGUUGCUCUCACGAAUCUUAAGGUUUUUCAAGCUGAGGAGAAUUUAUUCUCAAUGAACGAUCUAUCGAUGAUAUCGAGUCUGCUGUCGAGCCGAGAGGAUGUCGUUUCUCCGAAGGUAGUAUCUAAAACGCCCAAAAGUCACGCAAAGGAGCGAAACAAGGAAAAUAAAGAUGAUAGUGCAAUGGAGCAGCUUGCUCAUGACAAUGUGACUACCAGUACUUUCGGUGAGGGAACAAACCAAACGAGGUGUUCGAGCAACAAAACACCUUCGAUGACAGAUAGUUUACAUGCCACACUUGCAACUACCGACGAUGACGGAGAUCAAAAUAUGACUAGAGAAUACACCAACUCUGCAUCAAUUUCAAAAAAUCUUGGUAGCGAGACGAUGAUGAAUCCGCAAAAAGUGAGCGUUACGAACAAAUCCAAAGACAACGAAGAUUAUAUAAUCGUCGACGAUGAGUGUGAUGUCCUGCCAAUUUCUAAUGAAUUUCCCGAAUAUCAAAGUAUGGGUCAAGACAAACCUGUUUUAGCUUGCGAUAAUUCUGUGAUGGCGUCUACGUUAGUGAAUAGUGCUGCAGAGCGGGCAACAGAGCUACAACGUGUAAAAUUGACAGACGACAACAAUGAUAACACAAAUACCCAUGAUCGUCACAAUGUGGACGUAAGAAACAAUCUUAUGACGGGCAGUGGUGAAAUGAACAAUAUUUCGCUGAAUAACAUCGAAGUCGCUACAUCGACAGUCAUCAGAGAGCAAUUUAGCCUAGACGCAGCUAAACUUGCACGCGAAAAACUCGCUACAUACAUGAACGUUAACCGUAUUGAUAAUCGCGCCGAAGUCCGCUCUCGAAAUCCGACGUUGUGGCGAGAGUUUUUGGCUGCUAAUCUUCCUAUCAAUUUGGGUUUGCCAGCAUGUAGAAUGUGCUUUGCACCUCAUCAUGGUACAAAUCAACGAUUGAACUCAAUUGUGCUUUGUGUGAAUUGCCUAACGGAAGCUACUAUGCUGCUGAAAGAACGGAAAGAGCAAUGCGAAGGCGCAGGCACGAAUGUUUAA